UUAUAAUAUAUCAUUGGAAAGCUCUUCAAAUAUAGUUUUAUACAAAGUAAGUUGCAUCCAAAUUUGCAAUAUGUAGAAAGAGUCACAGUAAGAAGAAAAUAAAUUGCCACCUAGGUAUAAAUAUAACAUAUGAAAAUGCACUUGAUAUUUAAACGAUAUUAUUAAGCUAUGUUAAUUUAUUAUGUUCAUUAUUGUUAUAACAAAAUUGACCGUAGCUAAUUAAUGGUAUAACUUUGUUAUAAUGGGCAUAAUAAGAAAUUCAAAAAGGUCAAGAAAUAAAAAACAUUCAUGCUUUUAAAGUUGGUAGCGAUAGAGAUAGAGAUAAAAACAUCUUUGAUGAUAAAACUAACGUAAGGGGUGUUUGCAAAAGCCUUUACAAUCUAAUUAUGAGUUUUUUUGUCUGAAGGCCGUGUGAAGAAGACAUGUAGAAUGUGGUAGAAGAAUAUUGGAUACCUAUUUUUUAUGCAUUUAUUACAGAUGAACGAAUGCAUGAAAAAGAUCCGAAUUAAGGUUUGCCUUAAUAUAAUAUAGUAUGGGUUCUUUUUUAUUUUUAUUGGGUUUUCUUUAAUAAAAGUUUAUAGAUACAGAGAGGGGUAUGGAUAUAGUUAGAUCUUACAUCAACGGUGGUGCUGCAAUUUGUCGGAUACUUGGUGAAGAGUAAAAUAAGAAACAUGGAAAAUAGAUGAAAUGCAAACCUAAAAUACCCUAAUUAUGUUACGGAUGCACCUGUAAUUCCUAGUUAUGGUCAAUCAGGAGUACUAAUUAAAUCUCGAUUUUUUCGUGCUUCUGCAGACCGAUUGUUUUUCCAAGAAAUCAUGUGGAUACCAUUUAUACUACUCCGAGUGAUUUCAUCAUUAUGUCUUACCACAACUUUGGUGCUAGCAAUAACUUGGUCCAAGCCUGGUUGUCAAUCAAUAUGUGGAAAUAUUACAAUUCCAUAUCCUUUUGGCAUUGGUUCUCAUUGCAGUUUCAAUUCCUCCUUCGAAAUUGUCUGCCAAAAUUCGACUAGUAUUCCUCCAAGAAGGAUACCAUUGCUGAGCAGCAUAAAUAUGGAAGCACUGAACAUAUCUCUGUGGGGGGCAAUCACGGUAGUUAAUCCUGUUGCAACAAUGAAAUGCUCCGUUGCACAAGAAACACAGUAUUUGGUAAAAUCACUAAAAAACAGUCCAUUUACCAUCUCAGGCCGAUACAACUCAUUGGUUGUUUUGGGGUGUCAGAAUUCGGUCUGGCUGCGUGCUAAUGCAACAACUACAGUUGGCGGAUGCAUGGCCAUGUGUGAUGCUAAUUCUACAGAGAGCAGUUGCAAUGGAGUCAAUUGCUGCCAGACAACAAUCCCACCUCGACUAAAGGAGCUUAAAUAUACGUACCAAGGCAUUAAGCGAGUGGUUACUAUUAAUGGCUCAUGUGGAUACGCUUUCCCUGUCAACAAGGAAUGGUUCCAAUUUGAAUAUAAAAGGUACAAGGGCCUUCAGAAUGAUUUGUUGAAUCCAUACGACCAGGAUUUUGUAUCUGCACCACUCGUACUCGAGUGGGAACUGGAUAGUGCUCAGAAACAACAUAACAACUUUACUCAUUGUGUACCCAUGGAUCCCAUCAGAUGGAGCUCAUUGCUUCCUACGAUCUAUUUUGGAUCUACUGUACAAUAUUGCGCUUGCGAUGUUGGGUAUGAAGGGAACCCAUAUCUACCUACAGGAUGUAGUGAUAUAGAUGAAUGUAGCGAUCCGACAUUGAACAGAUGCAUAAAUCAAUGUUUCAAUUUAAACGGGACAUACGAAUGCGAUCACAGUUAUGAAAAUGAGAGCAAUGUAACUCGAGUCCGAAAUGUAGCGCUCAUUAGCGUUGGCAGUGGGCUUGGUGCACUAAUUUUGCUCCUUGGAGCAUGGAAGUCCACCACAGCAAUCAAAAGAAGAAUCAAGGCUAACCGCAAACGCAAGUACUUUAAGAGAAAUGGAGGGUUAUUAUUGCAACAACAGUUGUCUUCAACGGACAAUGGCCUCCAGAAAACCAAGUUGUUCAGUUCCAAGGAGUUAGAAAAAGCUACUGAUCAUUACAAUGAAAAUCGUGUACUUGGUCGUGGUGGUCAAGGUACCGUGUAUAAAGGAAUGUUGACUGAUGGAAGAAUUGUUGCAGUAAAAAAGUCCAUGAAGGUUGACGAAGCUGAUCUCGAAGUCUUCAUCAAUGAGGUUGUUAUUCUAUCACAGAUAAAUCACAGGAAUGUAGUCAAACUAAUGGGGUGCUGUUUGGAGACCGAUGUUCCUCUUCUAGUUUACGAGUUCAUACCCAACGGCACACUCUUCCAACACGUUCACAAUCCAAACGAGGAGUUCCCUUUAUCUUGGGAAAUGCGUGUGCGAAUUGCCAGAGAAGUAGCAGGAGCACUUUUUUACUUACACAGUGCUUCAUCUGCACCUAUUUAUCACAGGGACAUCAAAUCCACAAACAUACUAUUGGAUGAUAAAUAUCGGGCAAAAGUAGCUGAUUUCGGGACAUCGAGAUCGAUUGGUAUCGAUCAAACGCACUUGACGACACGAGUACUAGGGACCUUCGGUUAUUUGGAUCCAGAGUACUUCCAAUCGAACCAUUUUACAGAGAAGAGUGACGUCUAUAGUUUUGGUGUCGUUAUGGUUGAACUUUUGACUGGAGAGAAAGCCAUCUCAUCAAUUAGAGCCGAUGUGGGAAGGAGUUUAGCCACACAUUUCUUAUACUCGAUGGAGGAAAAUUGUUUAUUCGAUAUUCUUGAUGCAAGGGUGCUCAAAGAGGGCAAGAGGGAGGAAAUUGCGGCGAUUGCUGAACUUGCUAAAAGAUGUCUGCAUUUGAACGGCAGAAGAAGGCCAACUAUGAAGGAAGUUGCAGUCGAGUUGGAAGGAAUUCAAAUGCGGAAAGAAGGUGGUUCGGUUUUUCAGCAAAAUCAAGAUGAUAACGACAUAACUGAGUCGUCUCAUGACAUAUUCUCUUCCAUCUCAACAAACAUGCAUACGGAGUAUUCAUUAACUCCAUAUUCACCGGAUUACGAUGAUCGUUCAUUGCUUAAUAGGCCCUGAAGAAUAUCGACUCUCUCACGUCUUUAUCCAUUCCCUUUCCAUGUAACAAAACAAUGUUUGUUUCUAGCAAUAAAGAAGUUCCAACUUCUAAAUAGUUGGUUGUAUUA